AUUCUUUGGCGCGAACAUGUGCAUAAAACCGUUGGAAAAACUUCGAUCAGAUUUCAUAAUUUUGUUAAAAUACGUUGAAAAUGGCGCGUAGGGCGGUAACCGCUGCUUUGAUUCUCAAUCAGGCAUGGCAAAACUCGCUUAAUCGGACCUUUGUUCGAGCACCUAUACUGAAUUCUAGAUGUGGGUAUAGAAUCAUUAGACAUUUUUGCUCGGGAAGAAGAACGGGUCACCCGAAUGAUUGUUUUCAUGAUAAAAAUGUGUCGUUGGUUACGGAGAAUAUGCAGGAACCGCCUCCAGGCACGAGUAAAACCGAAGGACAGACUACAAAUAUGGUGUUUGGAAGCACAGUGAUUGAUGGUUCAACCGGUGAGUGGCUCACUCUUAAUGAAAAGAUAAACACUUACCCAAGUGCUAGAAGGUUUACAGCAAUUGGGCUCGGAGGCGAUGAUUUUGUUCAGUCUAUGGUAGUUGCUGUGGAGUCAGUUAUUCAGCAUCCGGUCCCACAGGGCCAUGUGAAGCAGAGAGUGUCAUCGGGUGGGAAAUAUGUCUCGGUGAACAUUGGACCUGUGCGAGUCGUUUCUAGGGAACAGGUUAUUUUCUUAUCUGUCGAUCUGUUUAACAAGUCAAACGGGUCGAAAGUCGGAGAAAGUAUAAUUAUAAAGCAUAUAUCCUACUAA